AUGGUCCCCGCGUCUUCCGGUUUGCAAGCUGGACUCAACCCGACGCCUACACGCGCGGUCUGUCUCAACUCCCGGGCGGCUAUGGCUGCCAUCAAAGAGAAAGACUCGCGCUCAACGCUCAAACUGGGAACCUCACGGAUCGUCAAAGAACUCUUGAAAGCGGCAUGGCAUCGAAUCACCGGACCACAUCGCCGCUGCGUCAAGCGUUUCCGCAGCAAGAAAAAGAGCCGCGGCGAUGGCGAUCAACAGUGGUGCUUCGCAACUGCUCACGCACAAGCAUUGCCUCGAGCAUUCGUGAUCGUUGAUCCGCCUAUCAACAAUGCAGCGCCGGACGUACAUGUGGUGGACGUCGUUCGAGCACGCCCGGAAGAGCAUGUUGGCUCGGAUGCAAAAAGCGAGGUCGCAUUGCUCGAGAGAAUGUCUGGCGUUGAAGCAGUGGACGAGCAUUUAUUCCAAGGAUUAGCUCCAUCCUCAGAACUCGCAAGAACACUCUCCGUCACCUCAAGACCCAAGCCAAGAAGCAAGCGAAGCUCGUCCGGGCAGAAUGAAACGGCGCUUCAAUGCACGACAUGCGAGCACGAAUGUCCGGAAGAGGAACGUUUCCCCAGCGUUCCUCAAGCCUGUGCCGAGACUCACGAGGCUGAGACUUGUCUGACAUGCUGGCAACAAUGGCUGGAGGUACAAGUCGGAAGUCAGAGCUAUGAUCAGAUCUCAUGCGUGCAGUGUAGCAACAAACUCAACCAGCUCGACAUCAAGCGUCUAGCAACAACGGCCAUAUUCGAGCAAUACCUCGAUGCGGAGGCCAAGAGCGCACUGGCUACUGAUGAUAGUUUCACCUGGUGUCUAGCGCCAAAGUGUUCCUCAGGUCAGCUACACUACGGCAAUGAGCACUUCACAUGUGCCCAAUGCGGUCACGAACACUGCAUCAACUGUCGUGUAGACUGGCACGCUGGCGAGACAUGUCGAGCGUAUACGAGGAAGCAAAACGAGCAUGCGAAGACGAAGAAGGAGAGCAAACUUCUGCAUGCCAGAUUGCGCCAAGAAGAAGCAUCUACAGCCGCGAUGAUCGACGAUGAAACCAAGUUGUGCCCUGGCAAGAAAUGUGGCCGCAGAGUCGUGAAGAUCAGUGGCUGCGACAAAGUCACCUGUACGACAUGCAGGUACACCUUCUGCUGGCUAUGCUUAGCGUCUUUCUAG